UUAAUCUUAAGAGGCGACGAUGGGUCGGGUAAAGUGGAGGUGGAGGUGGCCCUUUAAAGAGAGCUUUCCAUGUGACGUACGAAACAGCAAAACUUUAAAACCGCACACCGAUCUAUCUUCUCAAUGCAAACAACCAAACACAAACCAUUCCCCACACUCUCCCCUCUUCUUUUUCAUUGUCAUUCUUCACCAUUAUUCUGCAAUAUGUUGCUACUCAUCACUCACUCUCAUCACCAACAUUUUUUAACAGUCAUUUGGAAUUAUAUCACCUUACCUCUGAUGUUUUAAAAAUCUUCAUCAUUUGCUCCCUCUCCACCCUUAAACUGGACAUGCUCGAUUCUGUGCUUCUGGCGCUUUUCUUGCCGUGCCUCGGCAUGAGCGCCGUUUUCAUCGUCUACAUGUGCCUUCUCUGGUACGCCACCAACCACCACUCCGACCCCGCGCUACCGGCCAAGCCUGUCUCCGACACCGGAAUCUCCCCUUCCCAGCUCGACAAGCUCCCCAGAAUCACCGGAAAGGACCUUCUCAUGGGAAACGAAUGCGCCGUCUGCCUGGACGAGAUCGGAACAGAGCAACCGGUUCGGGUGGUUCCCGGUUGCAACCACGCCUUCCAUUUGGAAUGCGCCGACACCUGGCUCUCCAAGCACCCUCUCUGCCCUCUCUGCAGAGCCAAACUCGACCCUUCGCUUUUCUCUUCUUCCCAAAAUCCAUGCUGACCAACAAGCUCUAGCGCAAAGUUGGUAGAUGCAUGACCCAGUUUCUUAAAUAUUUCUUGACUGUAUAUAUGAAAAAAAAAAAAAAAACUUUGUUGGAUGAGACAAAAUUUUCUUCGAUGAUUUCAACUCGUCAAGGUUAGUCUCAUGUCUUUAAAAAAAAAUCCAUCCGGAAGGUGAAGGUGUGUUUUUGUUUCUUAACGUACUCUCUUUGGCACUGUACAGUUUCUUUUAUAUCUCCUGUGCCGCCGCACAAUAUAUAUUCUCACAUUGUUUUUUUCCGAUGAAGCACCGGAGCGGAGACAGUGGUGCCGAGUGGCCAUCGACGCUAUGUUUUUUUUUGCUCUUCCCGAGUUUACUAGUUAAUUAGUGGUCAUGGUUGAUUGGGAAAUGAGUGACCAACGUGUGUUUGUUCUCUUCUCU